GGAGCGGCUAGAUGAGUCAGGGUCUCACGAAGUAAACUUCAUAAUUCAAGCCGGACAAUUUUUGAGAACUGAGCAGAACAGAUCAAAAAGAGAAAGAUUGCUUCGCCACAUAGAUAAGAUCAGAUUCAACGACCAGCAUCGACCUCAUCGUUGGAAACCAACGCAACAACGACUACAAGCAACAAGCAAUGCAUCCAGGGGAGAAAAGUGGUGCCACCCUGCUCGAUGAUGCGUCGGUGGGAUCGAUCAACCCAAAAGACGUGGACGCGAUGGUGGCCAAGGGAAUAGGUAUGCUGUCCAUCCGCGACCGAAAUGCAAUCUACGAAGAGAUCCACGGUGUUUCCAGCAUGGCGAUCAAAGAAACGCCCGAGCUGAUCCGAGACUCCCUCCGAAACUUCGAAAAGGAGCUGGAGAACGCGGACCAUGCGAAAAAGUUUGCCUACGAUGCCAUUAUGAACCAAGAGGAAAACGCCGUGUCGAAAGAUGUUAUAACUGAUGACGCGUUUCGGUUACGAUUUUUGCGGUUCGUCUUCUUUGAUGCCAAAGCAGCCGUCGCGCGAAUGAUCUCUUUUUUGGAUAUACUCCAUACGUUGUAUGGAAUGGAAGCGCUGAAAAAGUUCGACGACUCGAUGGAUUUUUUUAUCAACACAAAGGAACUCAAGAUCGGACUUCGGGCUGGAUAUAUUCAGCUGCUGCCCUUUCGUGAUCGGAGUGGCAGAAGAAUCAUCGUGUUUGUAACUGAUUGCUUGAAGCUCGAAUCCAAAGUGAGGGUAAGGACGAAAUUGAAAUGCUUAGUGAUGAUUAUCCAAGCUUUUAUUAGCCAGCGCCAGCUAGGCAAAAGCAAAGCACAAAAGUCACAAACCAGACCUUUUUGCAGGCUUACAAUAACUCAACUUACCCCGAGGUGCAACUUGCUUUCUUUCAAAACCCUCUCUUCUCAUAGAUCAAGAUCUUUCUUUACAUAACCUAUGUGGCGGGCGAAGACGUGGAAACCCAAAAGCACGGUUGUCUGAUGUUGUUCUGGCCUGGGGUCGAGGAAAUUAGGCCGCCGGAGUCGAGCCACAGAUCAUUAGUGUCAAAAAUCAUAAAUAGCUUGCCAACUAGGUUUGCUUGCUUCCAUUUUUGUUUUCCCAACACACCAUUUUUUAAUCUUAUACGGGCGUUGCUUUCGAUGACCAUGGCGAAACAAAAUUUCCGGCGCAUCACAAGAGUAAAGGUUCACUGUGGUACGUGACAGAAACUCUUUUGGUUCCUUCCUAUGUCACAACUGCAAGGUCUAGGGGUUUAUUAUAUUUUUGAUACGAUGCAAGUUGACACAAUUUUUUUCUUGUUGUCGCUGUCUUGAAAACUCAUAUUGAAUGCGCGUGCGAAAUAUCUAUCCUACAGGAGAGCGAAUAGAAAUGCUAUACGAGCUGAUGGGAUAUGGAAUUCCGGUCGCUCUGAUACCAACAACGGGAACUGGAACACUGAAAACCAAAACGUUUGCACAAUGGAUCAAAACAAAGAAAAUGAUGGAAUCUCUGAAAAGCGAGGGAAGCCGAAUCCUAGAAUGCCCAGGCAUGAAGGACGUUAUUUUUCGUUCUGCGGGCAAGUCCUGCAUGCUCCAUCCGGGAAACGUUGUGUUCCGCGGCAUUUUUGAAAAAUACCACGACGAACACGUCAAGGCGGGGCAAACGGGAAAAAGGGAUCUGGUGUGGAAGAUUGUGCAAGAGAUCGAGUCCAAGGGCGGGAGAUUUUUGGGCUGGGACAAACGAGGCUGGUGGGUUGUCCUAGAAGAAAGGAGCGAGAUUCGCAGCAAGGUUGCCAUUUCGCUUCGCGAUUACAACAAACAACAGAAGGCGAUCGCCAACGAACAGGUCUGCAAGAGCUUUACGUACGUGUUCAAACAACUGGACAGCGCCAAACGUAGGAAACAGGGCAACAUGUGUGAUUGUGACUCUUCCGACGAAGGUGUCCCACACUUUCGAGAAAGCUGUUGUUUUGCGAAAAUGUCUUUAUUGGAUGAGUGAGACACCGAACCAGCGACAGGGCAAGAUCAAUCAACUCGCACCAAAAAAUCACAAGAACAAGCGGCGUGUUCUUAUAUCCUCCCCCGCUUACUUGUUUCGUCUUGGUCGUCACUUUGUUUGGCUGGAAUCCUCAUACCACAUCGAACCUGGUAUAUUUAAAAUUUAGACAAGACGGAUCCAAUGCAAUGCAAGCCAAAUGCCGCGGUGGACUAAACUUUUCCUUUCGAUGCAACCUAGCAGCUUGGGCACCAAUUUGGCGGAUGACGAUGAUGUUUUCUGGAGUUGCUGCUGUCACCUAUUUUUGUUUGGGUGUGAACGAUUUUUAGUUAGACAUGGUUUCAUUCCACUUGGGGCAGCACAAUUCKUCUUCGUCAUCGGACAAAAUGGAACGCAACGUCCUGGUUUUGAUUUAGAUAUAUGAUGCCUAGUUCUCCCAAUAACUCACUCGACCUACGAGUCAUCCGCUUUGGUCCAUGCGCUUCGUUUCCUCUUCGAAACUGAUUGUAGUAGAGAAGUCAACGGAGGAUCUUGCUUGCUUUCGAUACGAAGACUUGUGGUGCAAUUGGCACAUUUUGAUUGUUUUUCAACAAAAUUUAUGUCCAUAAAUGAACAUAGAGCAAUUGA